CCUAAAACAUGGAGCAAUCUACGGUGGCAUUGGACCCCCAAAUCAAAACACCACAUGCCUUUACAAACUCCUCAAAAGCAGUGAGUGAACUUUUUUCUAAAAUCCAUCCUAAAAAAUUCCUCUGCUUUUCUACGCGGUAAGCAUGUAAAUAUCAAAAAGAAAAACACAAACAAAACCAGAAUUCAAAAUUUCAAAAAUUCAAAUGACCCCUCCAAUCAACUCACCGUGGAUGAUACUCGCAGCCGCAGCCGCAGCCGCCCUUCUCUUCAUAUCGCCAGCAGCCGCCGUACUCUGCCGAAGCUUCUGCAACAACAUCCCCAUAAAUUACCCCUUUGCCAUCGACGACGGCUGCGGCGCUGCCCAGUUCCGCCGCGCCCUCAACUGCUCCGCCGCGGGCCUUUUCUUCCUCACCCCCUCCGGCUCCUACAAGGUCCAGGCAAUCGACUACCGGCGGCAGUCAGUGGUCGUGUUCGACCCCUCCAUGUCUACUUGCUCCAUCCUCCAGCCCCGCCGCGACUUCUCCCUGACCGAGAUCCAGUCCGCCACCAUCCCGCCGUCGCCGGACACCGUCUUCGCCCUCGUCAAUUGCUCCGCCGACUCCCCCGUGCUCAACCACUACAGAUCCCUCUGCUUCAACUUCUCCGGCCACUCGUGCGACGAGCUCUACACCGCCUGCACCUCCUUCAAACUCUUCCGCGUUCUCGCCAACGCCACCGCGCCGUCGCCGCCGUGCUGCUUCACGAGGUACGAUACGCUGAGAUUCAUGGCGCUGGACAUCCUGGACUGCACGCACUACACGAGCGUGUACAACGUGGACGGGCUGGCCGGAGUUGGUCCACUGGACUGGAUGUACGGGAUUAAGUUGACGUACAACUUGCCGGAGAUGGGAUGCGACCGGUGCGCAAGGUCGGGUGGUACCUGCGGCUUUGAUGUUGAGACCCUAGGCUUCGUCUGCAUUUGCUCUACCACGCUCAAUACGACCAGAGAUUGCGGUGGUGUUAUUAACAAAGGAAAAAUCCACGGUCCACCUUCGACGAUACUAGGAGUAUUUCUGUUGUUUCUUAGAGUGAUUUCCUAUUUUUGAAUUUGAUUGAAGGAAAUUUAAUUGGUUUUGUUCACUAGUUGAUUUUGUUCAACUCAAAACAUUAUAUCGAUUCAUACGCAGUUAUAUUAAUCAAAUUAAUUGUAACUCGAGUUGGCAAUUGGAUAAACUAAUUGGAAUUCAAUAUGGG